UCACGAAUUUGUGUAUAGGAGGACCUGAGACGGAUAUACAUCGGUUUAGAAGUGCCAAAGAAGAUUUAAUGUGCGUCACAAUCAUCGUAAAAUGCGGCUUCAAGACGGGCCAGGAGCUCAUUUUUCAAUUUUAUACUGCCACCUGUCAACAAUUCUCUUGUGCAUUCCUAACAACUGAGAACUUAAAAAUGGUAGACAUUAAAACUUUAACUUCCCCUAAAGUUGCAAUUCCUAUUAUAGGAAUCGUGGUUUUAGUGGUCGUCUCAACGUUGGUCGCAAUGUUCUAUGUUAGAAACCCAACGGUCACUGAUAAUAUUUUUGGCAAUGCAAAUACGGAUGAGAAAGACGCAUCAGGGGACUCUCCGCUGGAUCAUGCUACGCAAUCUUCGGUGGGAUCUUCUCCUUCCCAUGUGCUGCAAACCACAACUUCCGGCAGCCACGGAGCAGAUUCAACCAUUUCGUCAACAACAUCUUUGGCAUCACCUGUCACUUUACCAAUGACUCCAUCUUCAGAUUCUUCUACUCCAAUGCACGCCAUCGAACCCGUUCAGCAUCUCUAAUUUCGAAAUGUAUGAACUCCAAUUCUUGAUAACCAAUUCCUGACUCUGUAACUAUUAUUAUUAUAAUCCUAUUACCCACCUUUUUUCCCAUUCUGCUCUUAGUUCUCCCCCAACCCGUACAUUUUCUCAACUAAUAAAGACAAUGAGAAAGUGAGAGAGAAUAAGACGAACUGAAAAGAAUGUGUAAACAGUUUAUUGCCUCUCGAUUGUACCAUCUAGUGUCUUGUCGUGUGCAUAACUACUGAUAACAGAUCGAAUGUGAAAGACCCAAUAAAUGCUUGGAAAGUA